AUGACAGUCAACCAACCAGAGAACCCAGAUUUCAUCCAGAUCAAAACCACCCUUACGAAACUACCAUACCCACCGUUGGAGGAACGGCCAACUGUAAUAACAGAGCGUCUUCUUCUCAGGCCAUUCUAUGAAGAUGCUGCAAAAGACUUGUUCCCCAUGCGCGCCCAAAAAGAGGUCAUGAUGUGGACAUCACAAGGUGCGCCAGACCAGAAUGUCGAGGAAACCCAGAAGUGGGCUGCACAAAGAUUACCGCCACACGACGAGACCAACCUCUAUUACGUGAUCAGUCUCGUUGAAACUGGCGAAGUCAUCGGAGCUGGUGGCACUUACAGACGAGAGUGUGAACUGGGCUGGCCGGCGAUUGGAUAUGCGUUUCGCAAGGAGGCUUGGGGGAAGGGCUACGCGACUGAGUUUCUUGUUGCGUUCAUGAAGAUAUGGUGGGAACUUCCUCGAGCGGAGUAUUCGAUUGCUGUGGAUAGGACCACGUUGAGUGAGGAGGAGAUAGUGGCCAGCGUGAAUGGUAUUAUUACGGAAAGAUGCGCUGCGGAGACGAUCAAAGAGAAUGGGGCAAGUAAGCGUGUCUUGGAAAAGGCUGGGUAUACUUGGGUGAAGGAAUGGAGGAACGAGGAGAAGAAUUGGUCGAUCUAUGGAUGGGUUACGACUGCUGCACAACUGCCUUCAAAGUAG